UUCCGAAGAAGAAGGUGCUCGACAAACCACCUUCCAGUCUUUCGGGAAGCUCGCAUGCCGGUAGAAGCUCGCGCUCGCGGGACACCUCCCAACGUCGAAUGGACGAGGAGUCAAGCGAGAAGACGGAGGACGAUGAACGGAUUCGCCGAUUGCAAUCCCAGUCACUAGCCACGCGAAGGUUCACCCAGGGCGAAGGCUCUUGCGAUGUGAAUGCAGAGCAGGAGGAUAGUAGAGGUGACGAAGCCCGGGCGAGGGGCGAUGGAGAAGACGAUGAGAAUGAAGGAGAAUGUGGUGGUGGGCAGGACCACACGGAUUGCCAAAAGGCAGCGGCAAGCGGCGGGGUGCUCGGUGGUAAUGUGGGUGGUUCGGAGAUGGAAGACCAGGAGAUGGAAGAUGAGGAAAUGGAAGACGAGGAAAUGAAAGACGAAGGACAGAAUAUCGAUGUUUCCGCGGAGCUUACUUCGAAGAGGAGGGGAAAACGCACAGCGGAAUCGUCGCCGAAGCGAGCCGCGCCUAAGAAGCAGACUCGAAGAAAAGUUGUGCAAGACGCUCGGCUCACCUUGGAUGCAGCUGCUGGUACGCCUGGUGAAGCCGGUGUGGAAUCCAAAUCCAAAGCUCGGGUUCGCAAAACGUCGCAACCCAGGAAGCCUGUGCGGCCGUCGAGGCACCCGAAAUCGGAUGACUCGAGCGACGAUGUGAAGGGGUGGCCCCUCGACACGAUGGCGGUCGUCCUGCAUGCUGAGGGGGGCAACCUCAGGAAGGUAACGAGGGCUCAUAAAUCGGAGGCAGAGAUAGUGGAGCUGAACGUUGAUGAGGAGCAAUUCAAGAGAUGCACAACAAAGCACGGUGGCGAGGAAGGAAACGAACGAGAGGUGUAUGAGCGGUGGGAACGACAUCCUAAACGGUUGCAGAAGUUAUGCAGUUCAUUUCUGCACGAGGACGAGGGGGUGAUUCUUAUUAGAAAGUCGCAUGCCGGACUUGUGUGGGAGCUCCUGCGCGCUGGCCAUCAUGUUUCCGCAUGCGACUCGUCGUCAAAAGACAUUUCAUACUUGACGAAGGUCAUCGAAAUUCUCGGGAAGGAUGCGAGAAACGAAUGCACCGUUAAGAGACAGAAGACUGCGCAUCGUCCUGACAGGGACAUGUACCACAAGCUGUGCAAGAAGAGAAACAAGAUGUGGGAAUAUUUGUUCCAAGGCCAACCCAAGACGCCAUUCGAGCAUGACUACAUAGUUCGCAAAGCGAUGGCACAGGAAGCGUAUAGUGGCUACCAUAAAGCGCAAGUGGGGUCGUUUGCGAUGUUCGUAGCAAGAUGUGAACGAAUGGAGUUCGGAGGAAAUCAGGCAAUGCUGACGUACGAUGGAUACAGCAAGAUUGCCAAAGAAUAUGAGGCGUGGAAUCCGAUCGAGAGCGAUGAGGAGACUGAAACCUCAGACCUCGAAAUCGAGGAGCGAGUGAAACGUAUGCGAGAGGGAAUGAAAAGCGUGCCUGCAUGCAACGCGCCAAGCCUCUAGGAAGAAGAAGUUCGCACGAAAUCGGCGGGUGCGAGCAGUC